AUGGAUCCAAAACUCGUAACAAAUAAUGAAACGUUCUGGGAGCAAAGUUUUUGGGAUUUUAAAGGCAAAGUUGACUACGUUGAUGAAUGGUUUCUAAUGAAAACACCGGUACCAUUAAUGUUUUUGUCAAUAACGUACUUAUUGUUUAUACUUAAACUUGGCCCUAAAGUUAUGAAGUUAAGACAACCUUUCGAACUAAGAAGGAUUAUAAUAAUAUACAAUUUUUUUCAAGUGGCAUAUUCUUGUUUUAUAUUAUUCAGAGGUUCCAGACUAAUUUUAUAUAAUGGACUGCUGGGUUCAUCAUGUCUAAUGGAUAAAGAAGAUUCGCGAUGGAAUUUAUCAACUAGCAUCUACUAUUACUUCUUCGCCAAAGUAACGGAGUUGAUGGAUACGAUAUUCUUUGUCUUACGCAAGAAUUAUCGUCAGGUCACAUUCUUACAUAUAUAUCACCAUUCUUCGAUGAUGUGGUGCUCUUGGAUUGCUUUGAAAUAUGAACCUUCGUACAGUGUCAUAUUCCUUGGGACGAUUAACUCCUUCGUUCAUAUAAUUAUGUAUAUCUAUUAUGCGUUAUCAGCGUUCCCUGACCUAAACAAAUAUUUGUGGUGGAAAAAGUAUAUUACUUUGAUACAAAUUUUGCAGUUCAUGUGCAUAAUAUUACACGCGGCAGUGAAUUACGUUUAUUCAGGGUGUCCACCUUCAUAUACAUUAUUAGCAGCAAUUCUUCUAAAUGCUUCAUUAUUUGUUUAUCUUUUUGCUGAAUUCUACGUCAACUCUUAUUUUAAUAAAAACAAACAUAAUUCGAAAAGUAAAAAAUUUGUGACAAACGGAUCAGUCAAUGAAAAAUCAAAUUAG